CAGGUGAACAAAAACCAAGUGUUACAAAUUACAGAAGUUAAUAAACCAACAUACCCAUCCUUAAGACUACUGCUUUCAUUAGAAAUGUCAAUCAGCAGUCUUCAUCGUGUGCCUGUCAUUAGACCAGAUUUAAAAUCAGAAGUAUCUGUGAGUGAUGUUCAAGAAAUGAAAGAAAUUGUGGAACCUUUAAAUAUCAAUCAGUUUGUUAAAUCUUGGCAUUUGGAAGAACCCAAGGAAGCUCCUAUUGGUAAAAAGCCAUUCAAGUGUCUAGUUUGUCACAAAGAAUUUUUUUUUUAUUCAGGUAUAAAAGAACAUAUACUGCUUCACAUUGUUGACAAACCAUUUAAAUGUGACAUGUGUCAGAAAACGUUUUCUAGAUUUCCACUUAUCCGAAGUCAUAUUCUUGUGCAUGCAGGUGAAAAACCAUUUAAAUGUGAAAUUUGUCUCAAAACAUUUUCUUUCUCUGCCAAUUUAAAAACACACCAUUUAACUCAUACAGGUGAAAAACCAUUUAAAUGUCACAUAUGUCAAAAAGGUUUUAUUAAAUCUUCAGACUUAAAAAGACACUUUCUUGUGCAUACUAGUGAAAAAACAUUUAAAUGUCAAAUAUGUUUCAAAGAAUAUACAAACUUUUUAAAUUUAAAAAUGCACCGAUUAGAUCAUGCAGGUGAAAAACCAUUUAAAUGUCACAUAUGUCAAAAAGGAUUUGUUAAAUCUUCAAACUUAAAAAGACACUUUAUUAUGCAUACAGGUGAAAAGCCAUUUAAGUGUCACAUAUGUUUUAAAACAUUUCCUUUAUCUAUCUAUUUAAAAAAACACCAAUUAAAUCAUGCUGCUGAAAAACCAUUUAAAUGUCACAUAUGUCAAAAAGGUUUUAUUACCUCUUCAGACUUAAAAAGACACAUUCUUGUGCAUACUGGUGAAAAACCAUUUAAAUGUCAAAUAUGUCAAAAAGGUUGUAUUACCUCAACAGACUUAAAAAGACACUUUCUUGUGCAUACUGGGGAAAAACCAUUUAAAUGUCAAAUAUGUCUCAAAGAAUAUACAACUUCUUCACAUUUAAAAACACACCAAUUAGCUCAUACAGGUGAAAAACCAUUUAAAUGUCACAUAUGUCAAAAAGGUUUUAUUACCUCUUCAGAGUUAAAAAGACACUUUCGUGUGCAUACUGGUGAAAAAACAUUUAAAUGUCAUAUAUGCCCAAAACAUUUUCUUCAUCUGCCUAUUUAAAAACAAAACACCAAUUAAAUCAUGCUGUUGAAGAAACAUUUAAAUGUCAUAUAUGUCACAAAGGUUUUGCUUCCACUUCAAGACUAAAAGCGCACCACAUUGUUCAUUCGAGUGAAAAAAUAUAUAAAUGUCA